UUAUAAGACCCUUUAAGCCAUUUAGCCACUUGGCCUCUCUCUCUCUCUCUCUCUCUCUCUUUCUUGAUUUUUUUUGGUGGUAGUUUGAAGUCAGAAGUCUUCCCUUCUGCAGUGUAGCUGCUGCAGAUCUUCAAGCCUUUUUGGCUGCAGUUUCCAGCAAUUGGAAAUGGCACAAAUUCUGGCCCCCUCUCCACAAUGGCAGAUGAGAGUUACAAAAAACUUGAUGGAUGUCAGUCCAUUGACUUCAAAGAUGUGGAGCUCCCUCGUAUUGAAACAAAGCAAGAAAGGAGCUAUUAAAACUUCUUCCAAAUUUAAAGUUUAUGCCCUUCAAUCAGAAAAUGGCACUGUUAACCGGGUGGAACAGCUGCUAAACCUGGACGUAACUCCGUAUACUGAUAAGAUCAUUGCUGAGUAUAUCUGGAUUGGAGGAUCUGGGACUGAUGUGCGUAGUAAAUCAAAGACAAUCUCAAAGCCAGUUGAACACCCAUCAGAGCUCCCAAAGUGGAAUUAUGAUGGAUCAAGUACUGGACAAGCACCUGGAGAAGAUAGUGAAGUUAUCUUAUACCCUCAGGCAAUUUUCAAGGACCCAUUCCGUGGAGGAAACAACAUUUUGGUCAUAUGUGACACCUAUACACCAGCUGGUGAGCCCAUUCCUACAAACAAGCGCUACAGAGCUGCACAGAUCUUUAGCAACCCGAAGGUUAUAGCAGAAGUACCAUGGUUUGGCAUAGAGCAAGAGUACACCUUACUGCAAACAAACGUGAAAUGGCCCUUGGGUUGGCCUGCUGGAGGCUACCCCGGUCCUCAGGGCCCUUAUUACUGUGGUGCUGGAGCAGAUAAGAUAUUUGGACGGGACAUAUCUGAUGCUCUUUACAAGGCCUGCUUAUACGCUGGAAUAAAUAUUAGUGGAACGAAUGGUGAAGUUAUGCCUGGGCAGUGGGAAUUUCAAGUAGGUCCUAGCGUGGGAAUUGAAGCUGGAGAUCACAUCUGGUGUGCUAGGUACCUUCUUGAGAGAAUUACUGAACAAGCAGGAGUUGUUCUUACACUUGAUCCAAAACCAAUAGAGGGUGACUGGAAUGGUGCAGGAUGCCACACCAAUUACAGUACAAAGAGUAUGAGGGAGGAUGGAGGGUACGAGAAAAUAAAGAAAGCAAUCCUGAGUCUAUCUCUUCGACACAAGGAUCACAUAAGUGCUUAUGGAGAAGGAAAUGAAAGAAGGUUGACAGGAAAGCACGAAACUGCUGAUAUCAACACAUUUUCUUGGGGAGUUGCUAAUCGUGGUUGCUCAAUCCGUGUUGGGCGUGAUACUGAGAAGAAUGGCAAAGGUUAUUUGGAAGACAGGCGCCCCGCUUCUAACAUGGAUCCCUACGUUGUUACUUCAUUACUUGCCGAAACUACUAUUCUUUGGGAGCCCACACUUGAGGCAGAAGCUCUUGCUGCACAGAAGAUUGCAUUAAAGGUUUAAACAACUGAAGCUGCAGUACAAAGACGUGAACUUAUUCUGAAUGCACGAGCUCGUAGGACCGCAGCUCGUUCUCUUUAUCUGUAACCACUUUGGGGAGAUGCCAUGUAAAUGAGGAACCUAAAUUGGCUGUCAGCCGUUCUUAAUUAAUUGGUUCCUUUGAGAUUCCAAUUUGUUUGGGAUCAGAGGGUUCAUGAAUCUGUUUUGUAGAUUGACAUUCGAUUGUGCUUUCUUUUUUUUUUUCUAAUGAGAUGGUGCUUUGGUUUUUCUGUUUUA